ACGAAGUUCGUACUGGUACUUACCGUCAACUCUUCCAUCCUGAACAAUUGAUUACCGGCAAGGAAGACGCUGCCAAUAAUUACGCUCGUGGUCAUUACACCAUCGGCAAAGAAAUAGUUGAUCUUGUCCUUGAUCGUAUUCGCAAGCUCGCUGAUAACUGUACCGGACUUCAAGGUUUCUUGGUGUUCCACUCAUUUGGUGGAGGAACUGGUUCUGGUUUUGGCGCCUUGCUCUUAGAACGUCUUUCUGUCGACUAUGGAAAAAAAUCAAAAUUGGAAUUCUCCGUAUAUCCCGCUCCUCAAGUCUCGACUGCAGUUGUCGAACCAUACAAUUCUAUCUUGACUACUCACACUACCUUGGAACAUUCCGACUGUGCAUUCAUGGUCGAUAAUGAAGCCAUCUAUGACAUCUGCCGUCGUAAUCUUGAUAUUGAGCGCCCCACUUACACUAAUUUGAAUCGAUUGAUUGCUCAAGUAGUAUCUUCAAUCACGGCUUCUCUACGUUUCGACGGUUCGCUCAACGUUGAUCUGACAGAAUUCCAGACCAACUUGGUUCCCUAUCCUCGUAUUCACUUCCCCUUGGUUACCUAUGCUCCAGUUAUUUCAGCCGAAAAGGCUUACCACGAACAACUUACCGUCGCCGAAAUCACAUAUUCGUGCUUCGAACCAAAUAACCAAAUGGUUAAAUGCGAUCCACGUCACGGCAAAUACAUGGCCUGCUGUCUCUUGUACCGUGGUGAUGUUGUUCCUAAAGAUGUGAAUGCCGCCAUCGCUACCAUUAAAACUAAACGCACCAUUCAAUUUGUCGAUUGGUGUCCAACUGGAUUCAAGGUCGGUAUCAAUUAUCAACCACCGACCGUUGUUCCUGGUGGCGAUCUCGCCAAAGUACAACGUGCCGUUUGCAUGUUGUCCAACACUACUGCCAUUGCUGAGGCUUGGGCUCGCUUGGACCAUAAAUUCGAUUUGAUGUAUGCUAAACGUGCUUUCGUACACUGGUAUGUCGGUGAAGGAAUGGAAGAAG